AUGUUUAGUGAUUCAUCUGAGUAUGCCUAUGGAUCGAGCGUGUACUUAAAAGUGUAUGACGCGAAGGGGCACAGUAAGUGCAGUCUAGUUAUAGGUAAGUCUAGGUUAGCACCUAUAAGGGCUAUUUCGAUACCAAGACUCGAACUUGCAGCAGCUGUAGUUGCUGUAAAACUGUAUCAGAUUGUCAUAGAGGAGCUUGAUGUCAAAAUUACUGAAAGGUACUUUUGGACGGACUCUAUGAUUGUGUUAGGUUACAUAAGAAAUGAAACGAAAAGGUUUAAGACUUUCGUUGCAAAUAGACUAUCAAUAAUUCAUGAGGUGACGUCACCACAUGACUGGAGGCAUGUACCCUCAAAGAGUAACCCUGCUGAUAUUGCGUCAAGGGGAGUUAAUCCGCAAGAAACUGAAAAGCUUGACAUAUGGUUGAAUGGCCCCGAAUUCCUUAAAAGGAAUGAAUCAGGGUGGCCAGCGCAGGUAAGUAAUGCAACCGUUAAUGAGUAUGACAUAGAGCUCAAACCUCAGGCUAGUGUACUUAACACUCAUGGUAAGUAUAAUUUGAGUACGAAUACGUUACUUAGUAAAUUCUCCGACUGGCAUAAACUUCAAAAUGCAGUCGCUUGGCUACUACGUUUUAAGUGUUUCUUAAUUGAGAAAUACUUACCCCAAAGACGACGUCUUUACAGUAAGGUAAGUAGUAAACCCCUUAGUGUGGGGGAAAUUAAAAUGGCACAAACAGCCAUCUUCAAAUUAGUUCAAACGGAGGCGUUUGAAAACGAAAUAAGUGAAUUAAAGGCUCAGAGGCCAGUUCCGAGUUCGAGCCCUCUGAAAAGGCUAUGUCCUAUAUUGAAGGAUAAUGUAAUGCGAGUCGGCGGACGACUAGCAAUGUCCGACCUACACGUAGAUGCUAAGCAUCAAAUUAUCUUGCCGAGUAGUCAUCACGUGACAAGAAUCCUGAUACAAAAUUGUCAUGAAAAGAAUGCGCACAUGGGUCCAGUACACAUUCUGGCCAUGUUGCGACAAAAGUAUUGGAUAAUCCAUGGUCUGCAAACAGUUAAGUCUGUUAUCGGUAGGUGCAUAACGUGCAAACGACAGUUACAACGACCGGAAUUGCAACAGAUGUGCGAUCUUCCAGAAGAAAGACUCACACCCGAUAAGGCACCGUUUACGUAUGUCGGUGUCGAUUAUUUUGGCCCGAUGACUGUGAAGUCUGGAAGACGACAUCUGAAAAGAUACGGCUGUAUAUUUACGUGCUUGACCACCAGAGCAGUGCACAUUGAAAUUGCUCAUAGCUUAGAUACGGACUCUUUCAUCUGUGCACUGCAAAGGUUUGUAAGUCGUAGAGGCCGUCCCGAAAAAAUAUUCAGUGACAAUGGGAAAAAUUUUGUAUCUGGAGAUAGAGUUUUGCGUGAUAGCAUUCGGCAAUUUAAUCAAAGUCGACUCGCAAAAUUAUGUCAACAGCAAGAAAUGAAAUGGCAUUUUAAUCCUCCAUAUGCAAGUCAUAUGGGCGGUAUUUGGGAACGGUUAGUACGGUCCACAAAAAGGGCUAUAAAAUCAGUCAUUGGAGAACAACUUCUCAACGAUGAGGCUCUGUUAACUUUAGCUACAGAGAUAGAAAAGAUUCUCAAUGAUAGACCGAUUACCCAGGCGACAUUUAAUGAACGGAGCCCUACUCCCCCACCCCCAACAAAAUCUAGCAACAUAGGAACACCGGCACGGACCCCAGCAGGUCACAAAGACAAAGUGUUAAAAUGUAGAAUUUAA